AGGGUAGAAAAUCGACCUUUGACCUCGAUGUGUGCUUGUUGUCUUGUAUUGAUCACAAGCCCGGGGUCAGAGUUUACCCGUUGUUUAUUUACAGUCUUCAAACAUCUUGAUCAUCGCUAACUGUUCCCAUGCUAGCCUAGCUUAGCUCAGCCUGGAACCACCCGGAGAUAUAUCUGUGCUGCGCUCGGCGCGGCGUGGUUUCCAGGAGCGGACGCGCAGGAGCGAACUCGUAGCGGGAGAGCCACAGGACUAUUAAUCAGGGACCGUGACGCUGGCAGACGUCUCGCACAGCGAAGAUGACAGGCAAGAAGCCGCAGAGCAUGCUCCGGGAAGCGACCCAUCAGAUCAUCGCGGGCGGAUCUGCAGGUCUGGUCGAGAUCUGUCUGAUGCACCCCCUUGAUGUAGUAAAGACAAGGUUCCAGAUCCAGAGAGGAACCAGUGACCCCACCAGCUACAAAAGCCUGAGCGACUGCUUCCGGACCAUCUUCCGUAAUGAGGGCAUCUUUGGCUUCUACAAGGGAAUCCUGCCUCCCAUUUUGGCAGAGACGCCAAAAAGAGCAGUCAAGUUUUUCACCUUUGAACAAUACAAGAAGUUGCUGAAUCUCACCCCUUUGUCUCCUGGCGUUGCGCUGUCUGUAGCGGGGCUCGGCUCGGGCUUGACUGAGGCUGUUGUCGUCAAUCCAUUCGAAGUGGUGAAAGUCAGUCUCCAGGCCAACAGAGAUUCCUUCAAAGAGCAACCCUCGACGUUCGCUCAGGCCAGACGCAUCAUUAAGGCGGACGGUUUGGGGCUGAGGGGCCUGAAUAAAGGCUUGACAUCCACGCUGGGACGCCACGGCGUCUUCAACAUGAUCUACUUUGGCUUCUAUUUUAAUGUCAAGGAUGCCGUUCCUGCCAGCCCGGACCCGACCUUAGAGUUUCUGCGAAAGUUUAUGAUCGGACUGGCGUCUGGGACCAUCUCGUCCUGUGUGAACAUUCCCUUCGACGUGGCCAAGAGUCGCAUCCAAGGCCCCCAGCCAGCGCCAGGAGAAAUCAAGUAUCGCACCUGCUUCCAGACCAUGGCUCUGGUGUACCGGGAGGAGGGGUAUUUCGCACUAUACAAGGGACUGGUGCCCAAGAUUAUGAGGCUUGGACCAGGUGGAGCAGUGAUGCUUCUGGUCUAUGAGUACGUGACUGGGUGGCUUCAGAGGAACUGGUAACAAAAAAAAAGGGGG